AUGAGCGUAGAGGAUCCUGACAAGGUCAUUAACAUCAUCAAGGAAAUACAGAAGGAUGGCAAAAUCUCAGAGGAGAUGGCAAACACUUGUAAGGAGAAGUUUAUCAAGGUCCAUCAGAUGCUGAUGCAAAGUCUUAAGAGUGAGAAAGUCUUGAUGGAUGAGUCAAGAGUUCUUAAAGAAAAGUUACAACAAGAAAUUCAAAAGUUAGAACAUGCUCAUAAUAAUAAAAAGGCUAAUGAAGAUACAAUGAAAGACUUAAACGAUAAAAUCAAGAACUUUAAGAAAGAGACUGAUGCUGUGGAAGACAGAGAUGCUAAUUUAAGACAUGAAAUCGAAAAUUUAGAAAGAGACAAAGUAAACCUCGAGAAAGAUCUCAGAGAUAGACGUGAGAGAGAAAGAGAACUCCUUGUUCCUGAAAUUGAAGCUAUGAAGAACAAGAUUAAGAACUUGCAAGAACUCAAGGAAACAAACGAGAAGUUAAUCACUCAAAAAGAGAAGGAAAAUACUCACCUGGAAGAAAUUAACAAAGACCUUGAAGAUAAAGCUGGACAUAAAGAAGAGAAUGAGAAGUUAUCAACAGAAUACCUCAACAUAAAGUAUGAGCCUGAUAGAUUAGGGAAGAAAAACAAUAGUUUCAAAAAUGAAGUAGAAGAGUUAGAAGGACAAGUCAAUACAACAAAGGAAGAAAUUGCCAAAUUAGAUGCAAAGAAAGCCAAAAUCGAAGCAAAUGUAGCUCAUAUUGAAGAAGAAAUCAAAGAACUGAAUAAGAAGAAAGAGAAAAAGGAGAAUGAAAAAUCACAAAAAGAGGAUAGAAUAAAACAAGAAGAAACUAUUCUCGCAAAUAACGGAAAGAAAAAGAAUCUACUCAAAGCAGAGAGAAAUGAAGUAGAACGAACCAUAAAAAUGCUGAAGGAUGAUAAAAGAAGCCUAACUGAAACUCGAAACUCUCUAUCUAAAAAGAUCGAAGAAGAGAAGCGUAAAUACAAAAAGACUGAAUACCAACUAAAUAACUUCUUAAACACUAUUAAAGAGUACGAGAAUAAAAUAGGAGCAACAACGAAAAUGUAUGAAGAAAAGGUUAAAGAGCACAAGCAACAGCAAGAAUAUGACAAGAAAGUCUAUGAAGAAAACCAGCUCUUCUUUGGAGUCCUCGUCUCAAAAAGAAUUGAAGAGAAGAAAAUGGAUGCUGAUCAAGCUGCCACUAAGGAUCAGAUAGAACAACUAGAGGGUCAAGUCGAGAAGCUUAGAGAUGAAGAGACUAAGUUGGUAGAAGAAAUCAAAUUUUUAUCAACUAUUAGAGAGAAAAUGGCUAGAACAGCUUCCCAAGCUAUGGCACAAGCAAGAGAGACAAAAGAGGAGCUGAAAGUCAAGGAGUUAUUAAUCUUAGAUCUCAAUAAGAAAUUCCAAGAAACAGAGUUCAGACUUAACUCCUUUGUAGCUUUGUAUGAAGAUGUGAGAAAUGCAAGAAAUAAAUACAUGUCUCUUAUUCAAAACUCUUCCCAAGAUCUGGCUGAAAUGAAAGAGCGAAUCAAAAUUCUUCAAAAUGAAGUUGAAAUUCUAAGAAAUGAGUGCAGUGAUAAAGAUAGAGACCUCGUUGAUAUCAAGCACAAUGUUACUCUUGCAGUCUAUAAGAGAGAUUCUCAAAGAGCCGAACUCAACAAAUGUGAUUUUAAAUGUAGAAAUAAACAGUCGAUCAGUGGUCAGAAAGUCAAUGAAGGAGAUAAGCUAAACUUGAUCAUCAAUUCCCUUGAAAAGGAUAUGAACAAUCUUACUAACAAAUAUGAAGCUGCAUGUGGGCACAGAAAUUACAUGGGAAUCCAGCUUAUCGACAGAAAUGACGAACUUUGUAUUCUAUACGAAAAAUCAAACAUCCAUGAAAAUAUCCUCAAAAGUGGAGAACAAUUAAUUCGUGAGAAAGAAGAAGAAAUCAGGAUGCUCAACCUAGAGCAUAAAGAAAGAAAUAGACAGUUAGAGGUAAUCAGAAAAAAGGUUCCAGAAGUCCCAGAACUAGCAUCAAAGGUUGCAACUCAUAAGAAUGAACUUCAUGAUGCAAAAGAGAGAGUAUACGAUCUCUCUGAAAAACUGGAAGAUCCAGAUAAGCACCCAAUCUGGAGAAAUCUAGAUGGUGAAGAUCCUGAUGAAGAGCAACUCAAAGCUAAGAUUCAAGUACUGGAGGAAAGAUUAAACAAUAAGAAAGAAAUGCUCCUCGAAAAAGAACUUGUUUGUGAAGAAGUAUCAAAUCUUGCUGAAAAGCUUAGAAAGCAAGCUCUUGAUGGUAGGAAGAACACUCUUGAGAUUGCAGAAAGAAUUAAUGAAUUCAAAGCAAGGACAACUGAAUUAUCUAGAAAAAUGCUUGCAACCGUUAGUGAGCUUUCAAUGUUCCAAUCCAAAGCAUUAAAACUUCAAGAAGAAAAGGAUAGGAAAGAAGAAGUCCUUGAAACUGCUGUUCAAAGACUUGAACAAGGAGAGCCUCCUACAAAUGACUGCGAAAUUGAGUGGGAAAGAAUGGAGAAAAAUAGGGUCAGAAGAAUUGAAGAGUCAGAAAAGAGAAGACAAAGAAAAGAAUUGGAGAGACAAUUGCCAAUGAUGGGAGUUAAGACUCAUGCAGUACCUCGUCCAAACAAUUACAUGAGACCAGAUUUGGAAAUUCCAAGACCAUAUGGUGGACAUCCUCCAUUCAAGCCUUCAGAUCCAGGAGCAAAUAUGAGACAUAUCCAAAAGCCAACAAAGAGAGAAAUCGAUGCUUAGUUUCAUGAAGAAAUUAUCAAUUAAAA